AGCGCGAAGCUGAGGCGCGAGGAGACGAGCGCGUAAUGGCGGCGGCGGCGUCGUGAGGGGCCGUGAGGGGGCCGCCGGGCCGUGAGGGGGCCGCCGCCGCCGCCAUGUCGGUGCCGUGCUCGCCCAGCGCCGUGUUCCUGCUGGACACCGCCAGCCCGUGCCGGCGGGCGCGGCUGCGGCGGGGCGCCCUGCGCCUCCUCAACCACCUGUGCUGCCGCUUCGGGCCGCCCCGCCUGCGCUGGGCCUUCCGCUUCUUCGACUCGCUGGGCGGCCGCGGCGGGGCCUCGCGGGGCGGCGGCUUUCGGCAGCCGGGGCCCGGCGCCUGGGCGCGCUUCGAGGAGGAGCUGGCCGAGCGCAUGGGGGCCGCCGGCAGCGGCCUGCCCGGCCCCGCGCCCCGCGCCGCCCUCACGCACGGCGGGCUGAAGGAGACGCUGCUGGGCUUCCAGUGGGAGCGGCCCGAGAUCGCCUCCCCCGCCAAGCCCCUCCGCGGCAGCCGCAGAUCAGCGCCCGGGCCGGCGAGGGGAGAGGCCCCCGAGAGCCGGGCGGCCCCCGAGGCCUUCGCCAACGCCGUGUUCCUCUUCUCGCCCUGUCCCCACUCCGGCCGGGAGCUGCGGCGGUUCGUGUCCGGCAGCGCCGCCGCCGCCCCCCCCGGGCCGCCCACGGCCCAGGAGGUGGCGGAGAAACUCCUGCCCAGGGGCGUCCAGGAGCUGCUGGCGGACCAGAAGGUCACGCUGUACUGGGUGGACACCACCGAGUGGUCGCAGGUGGUUGAAUCCCCGGAUCACGUUGGAUACUGGACAAUGCUUGAGCUGCUCCACCAGAUAGGAGGCACCAUUCUGCCGUCUGAAACCUUAGUGCGGUGUCUGAGCCACCACAGGGCGCACCUUGGUCACGGCUUUCUUGGAGACCCAAGUUCCCCAGUGCCGCAGACGCUGCCGUGGACGUCGCUUCUGCCGCUGGACUCAACCUUGAACUGCUUGUUUUCGAAGGCCUCCGUAUUUCAAGCAGCAUUCCCCAAGCAAGAAGGGACGUUGUUUCUCAGCAUGCCCGGAGGAAAGAAGCAGGAAAACUGUGCUGUGAUUCUGGAACCUCUAGCCAUGAGCCAACAACAGCUGCGUUGUCCAGUCGAUAUCUUCCUGAAAGGCAGCUUGACGGGUUGGAACUGGAUGCAGGCUGGCAGCUUUCUCACAGAGAGCUGGAUACUGCACAUUUCCGAGGCUGACUGCGCAGAACAUAACCGGGUACUGUUUCAUCAGCUGUUGAGGAGUCUAGUGGCUGAAGAACUGCACAUGGUUGCUGACGUGUCUCUGUCUAAGACGUGGUGCCCCUGCACUGCUGUUCUGUCACCGCUUUCUGAGAGCGCCGCGGUUCUCACUCUGCUGCGUGCCGAGCAGACCGCAGAAGCUCAGCAGCGCGACCUUGAAGGAGCUGUGGUGGAGGACUCUUCCCAAGAUCCCGCUCUGCAUCUCCCAGAUAUUGUGCAUAGUGUGUUGAGUAAAAUUGACAUGUCAACGGAGGAUUCUGUAGCUAGCGCAGAAGAAACUCCUAUGCCAGAGUGGGUCCGACGGGAGCUGUCCAGUACAGGGAGUUGGCAUCCUUCAGCGCUUGAAGCAUGGUAUCAUUCAUCAAACGUUUGUGGAGCGGGCUCAGACCUCAUGGAGUCGUUCAGGCUCCUGCAGGUUCCUUGUGCUAACGAGAAGGAUGGUGCAGACCAAUCUGAAGUGGAACUCUCAGAAAGUCUGUCUGAGCUGUACCAAAGAAAAUUCAGUGAAAUAUCUGCCACAGCUGGACCAGGAAAUAACAGAAAAAGACGUGGGGUUCCCCGAACUCCAGUCAGGCAGAAGAUGAAGACCAUGUCCAGAUCCCUGCAGAUGCUUAAUGUUGCAAGACUGAAUGUAAAAGCACAGAAGUUUCAACCUGAUGGUGUGUCACCAGCAGUGAGUGAGAAGGUUCCACAGAAGCUUUCGGCAAAAAGGUUGGAUGAAAAACUGGAAGAAAAGGCACUUAAAGUGUCAAUAGACUUCAAAACUGAGGAGGAACUGCAGGCCCACCUAAUUACAAGCUAUCAGAAGGCUGUUGCUGAGGAAGUUCUUUCAUCUGUGUGUGCCCAGAACAUGAUCAUGGCCGUUAAAAGGAAAGUACAAAACGCCAAAGAGAAAGAGGUGGCCUGCAUGGAACGAGUCAGAAACCAUCUCCUGAAGACGAGCAAAGCGCUCAGACAACAGCAUGGCUCAGAGAAAGAAACCAAAGUCAGAGAGUGUCAACUUCAGGUAUUCUUGCGCCUUGAGUUGUGUCUUCAGUGCCCUUCACUACAAAGCAACACUGAUGAAAUGGAGCAGCUGUUAGAAGAGAUGACAGAUAUGCUGCGCAUUUUAUGUCUGACUGAAGACCCAGCGUAUCUUACAAAGUUUCUAGAGGACAUACUGGAAUUGUAUAUGAAUUCUAUACCGAAGACCCUUGGAGAUCUUUACUACAGUCUGGGUACACAAAUACCACCAAAGCUGGCAUCUGUUCUGCCUUCAGACUUCUUCAGUGAUGAUUUAGUGACUCUGGAUAGCAAAUCUCCAGGCCUUCCAGAGUCUUUAUCAUCUGCCCUAACUCCCAGUGCUGUUUGCCUACGCAGUGAGGGUGAUCAGCUGGAGGAACUGCGCACCCGAUCUGCCAAAAAGAGAAGGAACACUAUAUUAGCCAGACACAGGAGCAUGACAGAAGCAUCACAGAACUUGCGUCAAAUUGAGAUUCCCAAGACAGCCAAGACUCCCAUCAGAAAGGAGAGCUCACGUUCUUACCUUGCCACUGAGAAAUCCCAACAAAUGCCUCUGCAGAAAGAAGCAGUGCAAGAGGUUACAAAGGUAAGGAGGAACCUCUUCAACGAAGGGAUACGUUCACCAUCCAAAAGGUCUAUGAAAAAGAUGCCUAGAAGCCAGUCAGUAUCUGCUGUGGAAGGCCUAAAAUACAAAUGCUCUGAUGAAGGUGCUAAAGAUCAUCACAAGUUAUUGACCAAGAGAGUUGCGGAAACACCACUACAUAAGCAGGUCUCUAGGAGACUACUGCAUAGGCAGAUCAAAGGCCGGUCUUCUGAUCCAGGCUGUGACACUGGUGUUGUAGAAGAGUCUCCAGAGAAGGCCAUAAUUGAAGCAGGUUUAAGAAGAAGUCCGCGCAUCAAACAACUGUCUUUGAAUAGGACCCACUCUGGUGUUUUCUAUUCCGCUACGCAGCCCAGCUCACAGAAUUCACAGCGAGUCCACCAAGGACGAGAAGAGGAGAGCUGCACUCAGCAGGAUGUAGCAGGCAUUAAGCUGCGCUCCAGGAGCCCCACAGUCCAGACUCCCAAGAGACUUUUUUUUGGUGCAGUCAUUGAUAAGUGUAGCCCUGCAGAGAAGCAUUCAUCUGGAAGGAGGAGAACAAGAAAAGAUUCUUUAAACUUGGAGGAGCUGACGGCCUGUCAGACUCCUAGAAAAACACCUCAUAAAUCUACGCAGAAGCUACUGAAUUCUGCCAGUAAACUACCAAGGAGAUCACCUCGCAUUCUCCACAGGACUCCCCAAAAACUGGAGAAGACUCCCAGCAGAAGUCCAGCUGCCAAGCAGAGUGCAGCUAAGUGUUUGGGAAAGUACUUUUCUCGUCCUGUACAAGGGGUCAAGUCCCCACCUGCGUUAAUGGAAAGUAAAAGGGUUCGCUUACUGCAAGUAACAUCUAAGGAUUGUGCUCCACAACAGAAACUUUCCCCUCCUUGCAAAGAGGCUGGCUUACAAAUGCCGGAGUGUAACGAGGCAUCGAACGCUGUGAACUCUUCACUACCUCGGAACAAUUCAAAUCCACUUGGUUCUUCCCCGUCUGCCCUCCAGGAAAGCUUUCUUACAGAACUGCGAAUUCCAAGGUGUUCCUUGAGAUCCCUCUCAAAAUUAUCCUCUUCAGUUGGUACUCAGAGGCAUAUCUUUCCAAGUGAAAUCCAGGUGCAGGCAGAAGCCGUAUCUCAAGCAACGGAAAGCGCUCCCAGGGAGCUUGAAGGUUCAGGUUCAAAGUUACCUACCUUAGCUGCCAGCCCACCGACUGUAGAAAUGUCUGAGCUCACUGUGAAGCUGGAGUCUCCCUUCAGUUCUUCUCUCUGUAGAAAUUCUACAAGUGCCGCAGCAAUCAGCUCUCCUUCUCAUGUGCAGGCUAGCGAGUCUCACAGGGAAUUUAAUGCGCCUAAAAGAUCUCUUCUAAAAUCUCCAGGUAUCGCUGGUUCUUUGCCAAAGUCCCCACUUAACACCUCCAAGCAAGGUGGAUGUGAGCCAAAUUCUGGAGGAGAGGACCUCUCACGUCCAUGUGAAACACCUUCCAGAAACAAGGACAAUCAUCGUGAUAAUGGUGAUAACUCUUGCGUAGAAAGCCUCCAGCUCUGUAAGCCCCAAAUUCCUGAAAAUACCGCUGUGUCAGAGAAAAAUAAACCAAUGGAUGUAAUGGCUCAAACCUCUUCUCCAGGAAAGGACCCAGGAAAUGUGGAAGAGCAUUCCUCUCCGAAGGUGCCUGCUGGAGAACAUACGCUGAGUGCCGAGGUGGAGUGUGAGCAGGUGGUUAAGGGGGGUAACUCCAGUGCGAGCACCUGUGAGUCCUUCCUAAGCAGUUCUCAAACAAGCAGCGAUGAGGUGGAGCCAAGAAGCCUACUGAGAGAAGAAUGCACGAGGACAAAGGCUCCAUCUCUUAGGAGACGCUCCAGAUGUGCCCUGAGUACCUCACCUCCUCUACCGAAGUCUGCUCCUGCCUACUCCUUACGCUGCACGGCGGACAGGAGGCAGCGGGAGGCCGCAGCACGGAUGGGGAACCCUGAGCUUCCAGCCAGGUUCUCCACUCCUAAAGGCCAUUGCAAAGUGCCUUCUGCUAGCCCGCCGACUUACGAGGUUGAACUUGAAAUGCAAGCGUCAGGCUUACCCAAGCUUCGCAUUAAGAAGAUUAGCUCUUGCUCAGCGCUGGAAGUUCAACCUGAAGCAAACGCCAGCAAACCCAAGGGCGGAGAAAGCCCCUUCGGUGAUCUUGCGAUGACCUCGUGUAGCAAACACCCAGGGAAGCUAGCAGCUGCCUGCGUCUCACCCUCCUGCUUCCGCUCUUUCCACAGUACGCCUGGGAAAGGUGGGGGACAGACCUACAUAUGCCAGUCGUACACCCCAACAAGCUGUGCUUCGAACGCCACCUCCCCGUCGCCCCUGGAGGCAGAAGUUCCCCAGACGCCUUCUCCAAAGCUGAAGGGGAAGAGCACCCCUGAGGCUAUCAAGGACUGGCCUCGGAGAAAGAGAGCAGCAGGCAGCACUGCUAACGCUAGCUGUGGUCGAAGUGAGAAAAAUGCGGAUGAAAUAAGGAUGUCAGCAGGCAGAGAAGGAGAAGUGAGGGCCUUGGAGCACUGCAGUAGCAAAGUAGUAAGUGUGCUCGGAGAGUUUGAACUGGAAGGGAUUUGCAGGCUGCAGGAUCAGGCGUCUCCUACCGAUUCUGAACCCAGAGCUGAAGAGAGCUUUGUCGUGGGAACUUUUGGCUUAAAAUCUCGGAAGCGGACCUUUACAUCUCUGGCUCCAGAGGAGGAGGAGAACCAUGAGGCUAAGAGAACUUGCAGUGAUAAGCACAACUCGGAUCUCUGUGUCUUUUCCCCAGAUGAGGGCAACAGAAGCAAAUCAAGGAUAGACUCGGUGCUUUCGGAGAAGCCCAGAGCGUGUUCACUCGUAACUCCUGUGCAGCACAGUUGCAUGGGGGAUGAUGAUGUCUUCCUUUUAUCAGGCGCAACUCCACCGGUGAAGAGCGCGCUCUCUGCUAGCAGCCUUCUGGCACUGACUCAGUCCCCGCUGCUGUGUAAGGGGCAGACGCCGCCGUCUCGGAGGAAACGUGCUCGAGAAAGAGAAUCGGAUGCCUUUGAAGUUAUUACCAGCCAGGAGCUGUCUCCAUUCCACGGCGCGGCUUCCAGGAAGCGGCCCCUCAGCAGGACUUACUCGCGGAAAAGGCUGCUCAGCUGAAUUUGGAGCCAUACAACAUGGGAAAUACUACUACCUGAGCUGUGCCAUGGGCAUUUUAACAAGGAACUUUUAAUUGGUGCUGUCCUGGAGCUGUCUGUAUUGGUGGGAGAGGGGAUGCAAGGAUACAGCAGUGGAAAUAGGGCCUGCUCUAAAGGUUUUUACCUCAAUUAUGGCAGCUCUCCGUCCUUUCUGACACUUCUCCCGCAUGUAGUAGCUGAGUUGUGCGGUGAAGGUUCAGUCCUGCUCAGUGAAGAGGGAGAAUUGUCCACCUUUGACGGCUUUCUUGUAAAAAUAAACUGAUGCGAAUUUUCAC